GGCUGCUGGAAUCAUGUGAAAGGCGGUUAUGGCGGCCAUGUGACCUGCGUCCUGUCCAUUUCACCGCGACCCCGCGCAGGCCAGUCCGCCGUCCUGCUCUCCCAUGUUCCGCAUCACCCCCGCCCUCUGGGAGAGGAUCCACCACUAUGCCUCCUUUCCCCAGACUGGAGUCUCUCUCCAGCAGAUGGUCCUCUUCGGACAGAAUCCGAGUCAGGGAACGCUCUUCGGAGCGAGUCAGUUCUUGCUCGAGGAGCUCCCCGUGCGCCUCGCACACCGCGUAAAGGAGCUCGACCAGUUGCCCCACAACCUCAGCGCGAUGCCUUCCAUCAACAGGGUAAAGGAGUGGUAUGCUCAGUCUUUUGAGGAACUCAUCUCGUUCCCGACACCAAAGCUACCCCGGCAUAUCCGCGACGCGCUCUCGGCAUCAAACUCCGAGACUGUCCUCCCGGAGUCCACGCCAAAUCCCUCCCUCCCCUUUUUUGUCGACGACUACGGAGGGCCUACGGGCACAGGACUGGGGCUUGCGUCGGGGACGAAGGUCGGCAACUCGAAUGGGCAGAAGCACAAGAUGCGUAUUCCAAUGGAGCGGAGAUACUACGCGAACACAUCGAAGGUUGAGUGGCCACCCGAAGUCCAGGAAUUCAACCGCAGAUUCACCAAGACGCUGGAGUACAUCAAGCGGCGGCACGACCCAACAGUCACAACCGUCGCUCAGGGUGUCCUCGAGUGGAAACGAAGUCAGAAUGCGCGCAAUAUCAAUCUCGACGUGCAACAUUGGCUCGAUCGGUUCUACCUUUCUCGAAUAGGAAUCCGGUUCCUCAUCGGACAACGUGCGAGGUUCGCGUUCUGGCCCUGCAUCUGUGCUCAUAGCGUUACAGACAUUGCCUUGAACACACUGCAACCACACCCGGAUUACGUUGGGAUUAUCUGCACAAGAGCGAAUGUACACGACAUUGUGCAAGAAGCGAUCGAGAACGCCCGCUUUGUCUGCGAGGAACACUAUGCCAUGUUCAAAGGACCGCCGGUGCAAUUAAUCUGUCCGAAAGACCUGCACUUUGCCUACGUCCCGGGCCAUCUGUCGCACAUCUGCUUCGAGCUGCUGAAGAACUCGCUCCGGGCGGUCGUCGAGCGCCUGGGGCCUGAGCACGAAGACAGCUUCCCGCCGAUCAAGGUCAUCGUCGUCGAGGGCAAGGAAGACAUCACCAUCAAGAUCUCCGACGAGGGCGGCGGCAUCCCGCGCAGCGCGAUCCCGCUCAUCUGGACAUAUAUGUACACCACCAUGGAGGCGCAGAACAUCGACCAGGACUUCCAGGCUAGUGACUUCAAGGCGCCCAUGGCGGGCUUCGGAUAUGGCCUACCGCUGUCGAGAUUGUACGCACGAUACUUCGGCGGUGACCUGCGCCUCAUUUCGAUGGACGGCUUCGGUACCGAUGUCUACAUCCAUCUCAACCGGCUGUCCAGCAAUCGGGAACCCCUGCCCUGAGCGCGGCGCACGCACUCUCACAAGGCUUACCAUAUUCACCCAUAUUCGUCCAUUGCAUUGCAUUGCAUCGUCGUCACGCUGUACCAACUUACUGAAGCAUGUACCAUACGUCCGCCACGUCCACUCACGCAUUCCUC